UUGUAGUGUUGCGCUGCGGCGUGGGCAGAGGAUGCACGGCAUGGAACGGGCUGAAAAGGGGCGGCCAAAAAUGUAGAGAGGAAAACUGUGCAAGACAAAAAUAUCUAAACUGUUGUACAAUAUGAUGGCAAAUUUAAGUGUUUCGUGGGACGCUCUUAAUUUGAGUAUCGCUCUGGCUCACCGGGCUGAAGUAAUGGAAAAUCCACUUCAGGAAUAUCUCCUAGGAAUCAUCAUCUCCAUAUGUGGGAACGUCCUCAUCAGCAUUUCCCUCAAUAUACAGAAAUAUGCCCACGUCUGUCUGUCCCAGCGAGGCUCCAAGCCUUACUACACCUCUGUGCUGUGGUGGUGCGGUCUGCUUCUCAUGGGUGUUGGUGAACUGGGGAAUUUUGCGGCCUACGGCUUUGCUCCAGCAUCCCUCAUAGCCCCACUGGGAUGUGUGUCUGUCAUAGCAAGCGCUUUCAUCUCUGUGAUUUUCCUCAAGGAGACCUUGCGCGUCUCUGACGUUGUCGGUGGCACGCUGGCAAUAACAGGAACCUACGUCUUGGUGACCUUUGCCCCCCACACGUCCACUCACAUUACAGCCCAUCUGGUCCAGUUCUGUGUCAUCAGCUGGCACUUCCUGCUAUACCUUAUGAUAGAGGUCAUCGCCUUUUGCAUCCUGCUCUUUCUGUACAAGAAGAAGAAUAUGAAGAAAAUCGUCAUUGUGAUGCUGCUGGUGGCACUGCUUGCCUCUCUUACAGUCAUCUCAGUAAAAGCCGUGUCGGGAAUGAUCACAGAGUCGAUAAAAGGCGAUCUGCAAUUCAUCUAUCCCAUCUUCUACGUUAUGCUCGUCGUCAUGGUGGUCUCCUGUGCCUUCCAGAUCAAGUUCCUCAAUCAAGCAAUGAAAAUGUUUGAUGCCACAGAGGUGGUACCAAUCAACUUUGUGUUUUUCACUGCAAGUGCCAUUGUUGCAGGGAUAAUCUUUUACCAGGAAUUUGAAGGCUUGGCAUUACUGAAUAUUUUCAUGUUCCUUUUUGGAUGUCUGCUUUCUUUUCUGGGAGUUUUCCUGAUAGCCAGAAACCGGCCAAAAGCAAAGAAACAGGAUUGCAACUUUAUAGCAAUGGAAAUGGUCCCUGGAAAGAGAUGCACAGACAGAGUGCAGCCUGAGACCAAAAGUCCAAAAUAUGGAUCGCUGGCAGCCAAGUUCAUGUGUAACACAGGUGACCAAAUAGAAGAGUCUUAAGAGCCCUUCCAUCUGUUGAUGUGAUGAUCAAGUGUGUCAACACUUGCCUCCUGCUGGGCCAAACGUGAAGGGGGCAGCACGUUUGAAGACAUUCUCUGGGCUCGGUUUAUCUGUAAGUAAGAUCAAUAGUCCACUGCUCCCAAGUGACCUGGAGCUAUUACACACUUAGCAACUCCCAAUAGUGCAACUUCAUGUGACCUGAUGUCAACUUGUCAAGAUAGAAACUAUGCCCAGAACUGAAACAAAGAGGGUUCAUCAAUGUGCGAUGACUGGUACAUCAAAACAAAAUGUAAAGAGGUGUGCUAUGUGUCGAACGCAUGUCUCACUGUCUGUGGUUUGACUAAACACGCUAAUGAAAACUUGUACCAUAUGUAAAACAUACAUUUGACCUCAAAUAAACCUCAAACCACAUUAAGACCUGAAUCUAAAGUUAAGGGUUGCUAGGCAACCAAACCCUUACUUCCCUCCUGCCACCCACACAUUAUGGGAUGGGUAUACAAGAUUUGCUGUUCAAGUAGGAGUCUGCCUUCUCUCAAAAUUGCCUCUGUUGUGUCAUAUAAUGUUAGUGGUAAGUUUUUGUUCCCACUGGUGGAUGUGAUACACGUAGGCUAAAUUGUUGGUACCCAUCGCUGAAGAAAGAAAACACAACGGUGGUAACUGAAAUACUGUCACUUCUGGGGGCUGUUUGGGGGUGUUAUCGAGGACAAUUUUACUGUAAAUAAAUUAAAGUUGGGCAUUGGUUUAUGAUCCAACAGAAUGAUAAAAACCUGACCUGGAUUAAAACGAUGGUACCCUUACUUUGUUGCGCAAUGUUUUGAAGCAGUCCCCGCAAUCAAUGAUUUGCGAGUCUGAUGUUCUGCUUUCAUCAUUAGUGCGUUUUUCGAGACGUGUUUUGGAGGUCAUUCUCCUGUUGGAGGAGCCAUGACCUGCGACUGAGACCGAGCUUUCUGACACUAGACAGCACAUUUCCCCAGAAUGUUUUGAUAGUCUUUGUUGUACCCUGCACAGAUUCAAGACAUCUUGUGCCCAUGCAACGCUAGAGCGUAACAAAGUCUGCUCCAUGUCUCACAGUAGGUACUUUUUUUUUGUGACUUUUUGGUGAAAUAAAGGAAAACUCAACAAUAGGCACACAAACUUGAAAUUUGAAAAACACAUACCUACAAGCCCCACAAUAGAUGAGUAAACUGGAACUUUCUGGCAGGUCACAUCAUAUCUGCGUUUCUAGGCGCCCCCCCCCUCCCAAAAAAAAGCAGCAUACAAACAAGAAAGACCAA